GGUUAGGGGGAGCCGGAGGAGGAGGAGGAAGUGUCAUGGCGUCGGGCCGUGGGGCUUCUUCUCGCUGGUUCUUCAGCCGGGAGCAGCUGGAGAACACGCCGAGCCGCCGCUGCGGGGUGGAGGCGGAUAAGGAACUCUCGUACCGCCAGCAGGCGGCCAACUUUAUCCAAGAUAUGGGGCAGCGUCUCAAUGUCUCCCAACUUACAAUAAAUACUGCAAUUGUUUACAUGCACAGGUUUUAUAUGCACCAUUCUUUCACCAAGUUUAACAGAAAUGGUGAAGGGGGUGGUCUCAAAUUGAAUAUAAUAGCACCAACUGCAUUAUUCUUGGCUGCAAAAGUUGAAGAACAGCCUAGAAAACUUGAACAUGUCAUCAAAGUAGCACAUGCCUGUCUUCAUCAAGAGCUACUGUUGGACACAAAGAGUGAAGCAUACCUUCAGCAGACCCAAGAACUGGUUAUACUUGAAACUAUAAUGCUACAAACUCUGGGUUUUGAGAUCACCAUUGAACACCCACAUACAGAUGUGGUGAAAUGUACCCAGUUAGUGAGAGCAAGCAAGGAUUUGGCACAGACAUCCUAUUUCAUGGCUACCAACAGUCUACAUCUUACUACCUUCUGCCUUCAAUAUAAACCAACAGUGAUAGCAUGUGUAUGCAUUCAUUUGGCCUGCAAAUGGUCCAAUUGGGAGAUUCCUGUAUCUACUGAUGGAAAACAUUGGUGGGAAUAUGUGGAUCCAUCAGUUACUUUAGAAUUACUAGAUGAAUUAACUCAUGAGUUUCUACAAAUUUUGGAGAAAACUCCUAAUAGAUUGAAGAGGAUACGAAACUGGAGGGCUAAUCAGGCGGCUAAAAAACCUAAAGGGGAUGGACAGGUGGCUGAGACAGCUCUUCUUGGUUCAUCUCUGGUGCAGAAUUCCAUUUUAGUAGAUAGUGUUACUGGUGUGACUACAAAUGCAAGCUUUCAGAAACCAUCUUCAUCGGCAUUUCCUGCACCAGUACCUCUGAAUUCAGGAAAUAUUUCUGUUCAAGAUAGUCAUACGGCUGAUAAUUUGGCAAUGCUAACAACAGGAAUGCCAAGUACCUCAUACAGUUUGGCAUCACACCAAGAAUGGCCUCAGCAUCAAGAACCAACAAGGACAGAACAAAUAUAUUCACAGAAACAGGAGACUCCAGUGUCUAGUAGUCAGUACAACAUCAACUUCCAGCAAGGACCUGCUGGGUCAUUACAUUCAGGAUUACAUCACAGGUCUGACAAACUGUCUGAUCAUUCUUCAGUUAAACAAGAAUAUACUCAUAAGUCAGGAAGCAGUAAACACCAUGGGCCAGUUUCUGCGGCUCCUGUAAUAGUUCCUCAGAAAAUGUCAUUAGAUAAAUAUAGAGAGAAACGAAAGCUAGAAACACUUGAACUGGAUGUAAGGGAACACUAUGUAGCUGCCCAAGCAGAGCAACCACACAAAAAGCACAUGCAGUUGCAGGCAGCCAGCAGCAGUUCUGUAACUUCUCCCAUUAAAAUGAAAAUUCCUAUUGCAAAUGCAGAAAAACCAGAAAAAUACAUGUUGGAUAAAAAAGAAAAGAGUGGAUCACUUAAGUUGCGUAUUCCGAUUCCUCCCACUGAUAAAAGCGCUAGUAAAGAAGAAUUGAAAAUGAAAAUAAAAGUUUCUUCCUCAGAAAGACACAGCUCUUCUGAUGAGGGCAGUGGAAAAAGCAAGCAUUCAAGCCCUCACGUGAGCAAAGACCACAAAGAAAAGCACAAGGAACAUUCCUCCAACCGCCAUCACAGUAGCAGCCACAAGCAUUCCCAUUCACAUAGUGGCAGCAGUAGUGGUGGCAGUAAACAUAGUACUGAUGGAAUACCACCCACAGUUCUAAGGAGUCCUGUUGGCCUGAGUAGUGAUGGUGGUAAUUCCUCUAGUUCCAGUGCUGCAAGAAAGAAGUUGCACAUCAAUGAUGCGUCUCACAACCACCACUCCAAAAUGAGCAAAAGUUCCAAAAGUUCAGGUAGUUCAUCUAGUUCUUCCUCCUCUGUUAAGCAGUAUAUAUCCUCUCACAACUCUGUUUUUAACCAUCCCUUACCCCCUCCUCCCCCUGUCACAUACCAGGUGGGCUACGGACAUCUCAGCACCCUCGUGAAACUGGACAAGAAGCCAGUGGAGACCAACGGUCCUGAUGCCAAUCACGAGUACAGUACAAACAGCCAGCAUAUGGACUACAAAGACACAUUCGACAUGCUGGAUUCGCUGUUAAGUGCCCAAGGAAUGAACAUGUAAUCAAUUGUUUAGGUCAAUUUUUCCUUUACUUUUUUAAUUUAAGAAUUGUUAGAAUGGAAAACUUCCUGAUCUAGCAAAGGCAACACCAGCUGUUGCUGCCAUUGUUUCAAUAUAUGUAAGUGCUGCUUUAUCCUUCACUCUGAAAAGAAGAGAUUAUAGUAAACAAGUCUUAUCUCCACAUAUGAUAGUGUUAUAAAUACUGUAAUAGCAUGGAAGGUGCAAAAAUCUCAGUAUUUUUACAGUCGCAGCUAAGAACAGUAGAACGAAUGGCUGCUUCUAGGUGUAUAGGAUGCCUCAAGCAUUAUUUAUCAUUUGAAUCCUGAAGCCACCAUUUUUUUGUUGUUGUUUAGCUUUUGAAUGAGUGUAAAUUGUUUUCUUUUGUGUAUUUAUGCUGUAUGUAUGAUUUGCAUGUUUCAAUGAUAAAGGGAUAAAACAGUAUACUGACAACUGUUUACAAGAAGGUGGAGAAAAAUGUACAUACAUUUUUGUAUGUUUAAAUAUUACCAUAAAUACUCAGGAUUGGAGCUGCUUGUAAGUAUAACAAAAUAUACAGAAUAACUUUAUUUUGUCUUGUGUCAGAGUCCAUCAGUAAUCUUUAAAAAAAAAAAGGUGGCACUUUGUCAUGUUAAUCUUUAACUAUAGGCCUUAUUGGGAGCCGCUGAAUGGGACGCUGAGUGGGUAUCCAGUGCCAGGAAUGGUCAUUCAUACCUGACUGUGGGGCACUAAAUUGUUGCCUUCAUGGAUUGUUGUGACCAGAUUGGCCAUUGAAAAGGUCCCUUGUUUUCUGAAGGAAAAAAAGGAAUAAAAAUAAAGUUUACAUAAUCUUUUGAUGUGAAGUGCAUUUAAAUGUUUAUUGGCUUGAUGCAGUAAUAUAGACACAGAGCUGUUAAUAAUGGUUAUGUAGAUUAAUGUGAUUUGAGAACUAAAGAAUUCAUAAAAAAAACUUACAUAGUAAAAAAUUAGUAAGUUGUGUCUUUUUUUUAACUUUAGCACCAUAUAUGUUAUUUUAGUAGCAAACAGGGAUCACUGUUCCAUAGCAUUCAGAAUCUCUGCAUUCUGAAUUCCCCAAGAAGUGUGUUUGUGUGUGAUGCCAUGUUUCUUUUACAGGUGAAUGCAGCUGUCACAAUAAAAAUGAAAGUAAAACUAUUGCUAUCACAAUUUUCCUUUAUAUUCCAACAAUAAAAUAACUAUCAUUGACUGUGCAUUGUACUUGUGAUUAUAGUUUAUACAAUCAGAAAGCUCUGUGGAAAAAAAAAUCAGUCUCCAAUUAAACCACUAGUGUACAUUUUUAUAUUUGUUUGCACGUCUCAUCAUAGUCCUGUUGAUGUAAAGUUUGCACAGUCUUCUGACUCUAGAACAAAUGACAGGCUUUAACUUUUUUUUUUUAAAGUUGUGAUUAAAAGCCAGUACUCUUAAUUCUGUUUUAUCAGCUGAUACUUGAGAACUUGUCCUGUGGUAAAUUUGUAAGCAGUCUUUAAGUUGUGGAGUGUUUUAAGUUGGGUUGAAUUCAGCUUUUGCAAGCACCAAACAGUUAUCUGAAAUCUGUCUUAUUUUUCCCUAAAUGUACAUGAAUUUUUAAAUGUUCUGAAACUACUGGUACAUGCACAAUUGUAAUUUUAUUCACGUAUCUGUUGUAGUUUAUUGUAAAUAUUUGAGAAUUUAAUCUCAUCCUUUACCUUUUAGUUUAUUAAGUAAAUCCAAUAACUACCAAUAACUACAUCAGCAGCUAUAUAAUUUGGUUUAAACUUUAAAAAAAAAAGAUUAUGGUUGUUAAUUCUUUUGUCAGUUUAUCUGAAUUUAGGGCAUGUAGACGCCUACCCCUAGGGACACCUAGAGCCCUGUCUAACCAGUGUGUCCUAAUACGUUAGCAUCAGGUUGGCUUUGAAGUUUUUUUCAGUGAGUUUAAUAAUUUGUGCCAUUAAAUGUCACGCGUCACUGCUUAUGGCAUAAUGUAUCCAGAAACAUAGUAUUUUUAAUGCAGUCUUAUUCUUGCGAUGGUACAUAAACCAGGGACUAGUGUAGAAUUGAGCUUUGUGCAAGAUGAGGGCAGGGGAGGUUUUUGUUCGUAAAGUGAUAACUGUAAGUAGAUGUGAACUUCUAAGGAGCUAUCAUGUGAAAUAAUAUAGGGUUGCUGUGCUACUGUAUAAUGGGGAACCAUAAUACCAGGAAUUUUAAUAAGAUUUUGUAAAGAAUGUCCAGAAAAAGUGGUGAAUUUAUUUUCAGACUGAAAUAGAAAACAAUGUGAAUAUUUAAGGUCUGCAACUAUACUUAAUAAACUUCACUAAGAAUUUGGGAGUUUGUUUUGAGAUGUUGUGGGAAUAAAGGUAAUUUUGUUGAAUCUUUAUAAUUGGUGCUAAUGAUGGAAGGUUCUAAAAUAGCUAGUGUAACUUGUUAUGAUUUAGUACUCGUUGGUACUUCCACAGAAUUGAACUUGAAGUGCUAUGUAUUCACUUUUCACUCUGUAAAUGUGACUCUAUACAAUGACUUUAUUUAUUAAAAGGCAGCCAGUUGUAAUUUUUA